GGUAGGGGCACACUGUUGACUAGCGAAGUGGAAGAAUGACAGACCAAGGCGACUGGCAGGCGAACAUGUUCCCGCCGAGUCAGCGGAGCUCCGAUCGCAUGGUCAGAGACGACGUCGAGAUGGCGAACUUCGGCGUGGCGGACGAGCACAUUCGCAACGACUACAACGGCCAGGGUCCUGGCUAUGUCGAUCCUGCCGCCGUUCGAAGGUGACGAUGAGGAUGAGGUUGUGGGAAAGAUCAUCGAAGGCAACAUCAUCUUCCCGCGUCACAUCUCCGAGGAGGCCAAGUCCAUCUGUGAGCAGUUCAUGAAGAAGAACCCGAAGGCUCGCCUGGGUGCGGGCAUGAAUGGUCAGGACGACAUCAAGAGCCACCCGUUCUACCACACGAUGGACUGGACUAAGCUGAUGAGCAGAGAGAUGCCGCCGCCGUUCAAACCUGUCACGAAAAGCCCAAAGGGCGUGGACAACUUUGACAAGGAGUUCAUCUCGACGCUGACGACGAAGAACACACCAUGCGACACGACCGUCAUCAAUCAGCUCAAGCAGACGGAGUUCUUCGGCUUCACGUACGUCAACCUGGACUUCUUCGACGAGGAGCAGGAGCAGGAGGCGCGCGGCCGCAGUGGCGACACCGUCGUUGCAGCGAUCACCCGCCGCAUUUCCGGCAGCGACUCGGACCAGGCGUUCUCGCCCACCAGCCCCCUGGAGCCGCUCAGGGAGGAGAGUGGCGCCGCCGCCUCCAACACCACCGACGCCACUGCUGCCAACGCUACUGCUGCUGCUGCUGCUACCUAGGGCGUUGGCCUGGCGUGCUGCUGUUUCACGGCCAUGUAUAUCAUACAAUGCCUGCCAUGUUCGUGUGACUCUGUGCUGGCGUGUGAGGGUACAUUCCUCCGCGCGCGCAUCGCUUCAAGAACCAUUUCCUGGGACAUCAUGCAUUUGCAGUCGGUUCCGACUAGCCGCUCCACUCCUAUUAUUAUAUUGCUCAAUUUCCCACUGGUGUGCUUACUGCCAGUAGUAGUAGUAACUUAUCAUUAGAUUAGUACUAGCUGUUGUCAUUGUAAUAUUUGUACUAGCUGCUGGUAUCCAUUGUACUGCCUGUUGGCACGGUAUUAUGUGUACUGGCUGUUGUCAUGGCAGCAUUUGAAGUGCUCCGGUUAAUGAUUUUGCUCGGCAUGUCGCUGCUUCGGCUACACCUACUAUUGCCGCGACACGCCCUUUCCUGAAGUUGCCUGCAUCGGAAUUCCUAGUGCCGAUUUUUAUUUGGAACACACUGCUAGCACUGCGGAGCAUUGCAUCUUUCGUUUUGUUUUUGUUUUUUGUUUUCAUGACGUCGGCGUGUCCUACAAGGAAUUUCUGACGCCUUGCAUGCCGUGGUACACCGGUGAUGAAUUGCCGUUAGCUGUCAACUUGAGAUCUCCUCAUAAACGAUUUUGCAGGUCAAAUGAAUUGUUCUGGUUGCGGUUCUGUGGUUAUCUUCAAUGCUGUUAAAUUGUUUAAAAAAAUUCUUUCAGUGCUUCCAUUUCAAAAUUCCUUGCUCUGCA